AUGGGCACGCGCAUUCUGCCUACCGCCAAUUUGACUUGGGACAAGCUAGAUUUCACUAAAAACUGCACUGCAGCUGCAACUUUCAAUGGCCUCUACUUCUGGGGAUCUCGUAAAGAGUUCAUCCCAACGCGCCAAGCGAUAGAAGCCUUCAUUCGCAGUGCCCUUCCUCCACAGUCCAAGCAGCCAACCUCCUGCGAAAUAAUGCAGUGGUUUGAGGACGUAUAUCAGGAAGAAAAUCUUACGGAGUAUAUGUACCGGGAAUCCUUUGAUUCCUGUCUUACAAAAACAUGUUGGGCGAUUAGCUACCCCGGUAAUCCUGAUAUUGCCGGUGUUGGAAUGCGUACGGCAUAUUGUAUGGAGGCGGUCAUGGUGACCAUCUACCUCGCUAUCUUCGCGCUUAGGUCGCUUCGACCUCAACAUUCGCACACUCAGUCACCCACCACAGCUACUCGGUGGCCAUUGCAGGGCAUUGGUCAUCGAUUGAUGGAUGCAGCGCGGUUCUCUGUUAGCGGAUUUCUUGAUACCGCCAUGGUUUUCAAUCUAUCCGUGGUAAUAGCCGGUAUAGUUAUAAUCCCUCAGUCGAAGAAACUAUACGAUAUGCUUCAAUCCACGCUAAUGGCAGGAUUUUCUCUCGGUGUGGUGUUGGCCAUUUGGCCAUUGCAGAAGAGAAUCAAGGCCCGCAAACUACUUCGCAACGGCUUCCUAGUUCUAAAUAUCUUUCUCACGUUCAUCGAAAUCUCUAUGAUUUAUAUUUUGCAAAAAUGGGAAAAGAACACAACGCGCCGAGAGACGGACUGCCUUCCGGAAGUUUUCCAGUCCGUCAACCGUCCCAGCGUGUACUUUUUUCUACUCCAAAUUCUCAUCGGCACUGCGCUAUUUGGGGCUUUUUGGGUGAUCAUCCUAACCGCCAAACCUAUUCCCAAGCCAGUAUCGAAUUGGCCACUCUUCAGAUUCGUUCAAAAAAUGCCGUGGGGAGUCAUUACUUGCAUAUACGGAUAUAUCAGUCUUUGGCUGACGUUGGGCGGGCUUUUUUACGUCCGACAUCUCGUCCAAGUACGCAUCGGGGAGUCUUAUUCAGACAACUCCUGGGGAUUCGGCCAGGUCAUGGCGCUGGCCACUUGGCUACCUACUCAGGCUGAAUUUAUGAGCAUCUUCAUCCGGCCGCAUAUCUUCAUCAUGGAAGGAGAAGGACACGGAACAGGAUUACGCCCUGAUCAACAGAGAAGAGGAAUUGAGACCGGUGGACGAGCUGAGGAGGCGGCAUUCCCAGACCGGCCCGACAGGAUAACUCAGCCAGCAGCAUAUACGCUCCAGUGCCGUAAUCGACCUGGUGGUGUACCCGAUACGGCAGCAACAAAUCCUCGUCAGCUUCCUCCACACUGGUAUCGACGCAGGAUCGGUGCUGGAGUUGCCUAG